AUGAAUAUAAAAUGUAAGAUAUACGUUAAAGGAGUGACAUCAAAUGUAAGGGUGAACGAAGGAGAAAUGCUAUCGGGAUUCAUAACCGCACAAGGGAGGAAAACUGAACAAGACACAAGUGGAUUUGUGUUCAAAUAUUGCGUGAUUGAAGGAGAUGGUAAAACAUCCUUGGGAAGAGCUUACCGAGGCUACUCUAGAGUUGUCUUUUAUAGAACCAGAAUGUCCAAUAUUGUAAACUGCACAGGGGAAGGAGCGAACAAGCAAGGAAGAGUUGGAUGGGAGAAAAAUCUUUCUGCUAAAGAUAUUGCUUCUCUUGUAAACACUAAGACUUUUAUUGAUCAAGAUGGCUGGAUGGCCACUCUUCCUACUUCUCUCGCCUCUUUAUAUUCACCAUCUUUAAUUUGUUAA